UGAAUCCCGAGUGGUGCAGGGUGAACGUUAGUUAGCGCGGAGCGAUUAACGUUAAUCUUGAAUUAAAAAUCAAACACACAGACCAAGUGUGUUUUAUAUUUGGGUAUAUACACGGCGAGAGUCUGUUUUGUUAACCGUCACAGCUACCAGCUUUUUAGAUCGCCUGGACUAUUGUUGUAAAAGAUGACUGAUCCAUCAACUGCCAACAAAGACUUUACGGAGCAGCUGCGGAUGCAGGAAAUGUAUGACCGUAGAAAUGCAGAUGGCUCUGACGCCAACACCUACAUUGACCCAGAGGAUGGGACUGUGUAUGACUGGGACCCAGCAAAGAAAGCUUGGUUCCCUAAAAUAACAGAGGACUUCAUUGCAGCCUACCAGGCAAACUAUGGCUUCAAUGAUGAUGGAGUUCCAGAUGCCAACAUCGCAGUGAGCAGCUCCAACACUGCAGCCCCAGAAACAGACAGCAAGUCAUCAGGAAAGAAGAAACCAGCAGAUGCUACCGAGGACCAGGACCCAGACGAGGAGUCUAAAGAAGCCAAACAGAAAGCGGAGAAAAGGAAAGCAGAACAAGGAUGGUUCGAUAUCGAGGACACUAAAAACACUAAUGUCUACGUAUCAGGCCUGCCUCUUGACGUCAGCAAUGAGGAGUUUGUUGAAAUUAUGUCCAAGUGCGGCAUUGUUAUGAGGGACCCCAUCACUGAAGAGUACAAGGUGAAACUCUACAAGGACAAAGAGGGAAAUCUGAAGGGAGAUGGCCUCUGCUGCUAUCUCAAGAAGGAGUCGGUGGCAUUGGCAUUGCGUCUGAUUGACGAGUCAGAGGUCAGAGGUUACAGACUGCAUGUGGAGGCAGCACACUUUGAGCUAAAGGGCCAAUAUGACGUCAGCAAGAAGAAGAAGAAAAACAAAGAGUAUAGGAAGAAAAUGCAGGCGCAACAGAAACAGCUGGACUGGAGGCCAGAGAGGCAAGGAGAAGUGAGGAAGAGGCAUGAAAAAGUGGUCAUAAUUAGGAACAUGUUCCACCCCAGUGACUUUGAGGAGGAUCCGCUGGAGUUGAAUGAGUAUCGUGAGGAUCUGCGGUCAGAGUGUGAGAAGUUUGGGGAGGUCAAGAAAGUCAUCCUCUUCGAUAGACACCCAGACGGCGUGGCAUCCGUCGCAUAUAAGGAGCCCGAACAAGCCGACGCCUGCAUCGAGUCGUUCAACGGGCGCUGGUUCGGAGGGAGGCAGCUGGUCGCUUUGCUUUGGGAUGGAACGACAGACUAUCAGGUGGAAGAGACGACCCGUGAGCGAGAGGAGCGACUAAAGGGUUGGUCUACUUUCCUGGAGGGAGGCACUCCGGGCCAGCAGAACGACACGGCCAAGCCAGCAGAGGGCGACACCUCCACCCCCAACACCGACACCAACACCUCCAACACCCCCAACACCCCCAACACCUCCACCACCACCACCACCACGACAGAACCCACAGAACCGUCCAGCACCACAGAGCCUGAACAGCAACCAAAAACAGAACCACAGCCACCGAAACAGGAAGAGGAAGCAGGAUCUACAGACAGCAGCAUGGCAGGAAGUGACGAUGAGGAAGCCUAGAUAUCUACGUGCACAUUUUGGUUCCCAAUGGCAACCAAUUAGGAGAGUCCUGAUUGAAUGAGAACUGUGGCACACCUCCGUGGUGAGCAGGCGAGCUGGAGCUGUUUUGUAAUGUUGAAAAAUAAAAUGAUGAUUCUGUCCUCCCUA